AUCUGCCCUGUCAUAUGUCAAUAAAGAAAAAGGUUAUGUUUAAUUCUAUAGUUGAAAAUAAAAUUUGGUUAUUAUUUAUCACGGUUUUUAUGUGUGGAUUAAAAGUAUAUUAAAACUAGUGGUGAUCGAGGUUAAGAAUGAAUAAAUUGAGGUUAACGUUUUUAUUUCUAUAAAUUCAAUGUCCAGGAAAUAAAGCUUAUUUUAUCCCACUUAAAUCUUGCUAACCUUCACUAAAUUUUGUUGUGCAAUCAAUAUAAAUUGUGCUAUGUAUCUGAUCACAAUGCUAUCAUCGUUUAGAUUUCGCAUCUGUGCAAAUGAUAAUGAAUGUAUUUCAAAUGUAUCCGUCAAUUUUUUUUAAAAAUUCUAGAAAUCCUUUAUGUGGUUAUCAUCAAAAUGUGCACCAGUGAAAAUGACAAAGUUCGUGGUACUUACGCGUUUAAAGUGUUCCAAUAUGAGAAAAUCGAACCAAAUAUAAAUUCGAAAAUACCACUGCCACGGAGCGGGCAUAGAAUAGACGCCGAUUCCUCUAACUUUUAUUCGUUUGGCGGUUACAAUCCUUUAUCCAGAGACGACCAAGUGCGUGAAAUGGAAGAUGAUGUUUGGGUACAUUCAUUUCCAUUGUUUCAAGAGUUGUGGAAGUUUAAUUUUGCUACAAGGGAAUGGACUAGGUACAAAAAUAGUUACACACUACCCAUGGAAUUGGCAUCAAAUGCUAUGAUUCUUCAUGGAAACGUCUUAAUGGUAUAUUUUUGUGUAUAUGGAGGGACGGGUUCACCGUUUGGGAUAAGAUGUAGCAAUCAACUUUACGUUUGUAAGGUUAAUGAGGAAAAUAGUUUAAUGAUCGAAAUCCAUACAACCGGUCAGCUUCCUUUACCAUUAUAUGGUCAAGCACUUAUUUAUCAUAACGAUCACCUAUAUACCAUUGGUGGUACUACUGGAUUAUCAUAUACCUGUGACAUUCACAGAUUAAAUAUAAAAACAAUGAAUUGGGAAAGUGUAUAUCUUUGCAAUGGAUUGGGAGAAUAUGAACCGAAGGGUCGAUACAGGCAUGAAGUGGGAUUCGAUGGCAAAUAUAUUUAUUUAUUAGGCGGAGGUACGACUGAUGAAGCGUAUGGUUUUAGAUACAUCCCCACAUUUGAUAUAGAAAAAAACGUCUGGCUGAGGAAAAAAACAAACAGAGAUCCUGCCAAAGGUUUCCCCGAACCACGCAGAUGUCAUGGAGCAGUACAAAUAACCUACAAUAACUCCAUACAACUGUUCAUCACCGGCGGUCACGAUGGGGAAUGUGCUUUCGACGAUCUAUGGCGAUUAGAUUUACAAAAUUUUCAAUGGACUUGUUUUGAUUUGUGUAGGUUACCACAACCGACCUAUUUCCACGCCACUGCAGUGAGUCCGGAGGGUAGGUUGUACGUUUUCGGCGGCAUUUAUAGCGGAGACGAGGACGUUACUAGGAAUAACGAUAUCUAUUCGACAUGGCUGUGUAUACCUAAAUUAAGUGAAAUUUGUUGGGAAGCUGUACUACAUUAUACUCCUAAUAUUAAAAAACUUGAACAUAGUGAGUUAAUCGAUAUGGGGUUACCGAGGAGGUUUCUGCAGAGACUGGAUAAUAAGGAGGUAUCAAAAUAAUAAUGAAGAAAUAUCCCACUGUGUUGAUUUUAAAUGUGAUAUCCGGAUUUUAUUUGAAUUGGCAUCCGAGAUUCAGUAUAUACAUUCGAUACAAGUAUAAUUACUUUUUAAUUAAUACUUUUUUAAGUAUUGGUAUCUAUCGAUUCAUUUCAAUAAAAUUAUAUACAAUUUAA